AUGGAAUAACAUUUCGAUUAAUUUCACGAGGAAUAAUGUGAGAUAAUAGAUGAACUAAAUUAGACUGGGAUUAAUAAAGAAAUAGCAUAUGAAGAAUUGAGUGGUGAUGAGGCUAUGGAGUAAUCCUUUAGUGUAAAUUCAUAAUAUAUGAGUCAUAAUCGAAAAGCUAAAACAAAUUUAUUUAUGACUAGUAUGAUAGUAACUAAAAGCAUAUUAGGAGUUGGAAUCCUUGGACUUGUAAAAAAUGCACAUCUAUUUAGCCUUACGUCACAUACAACUUUGGGUUACUAUUUACAAUAAUUUUGAUUAUAGCCUUUUAUUGGCAAACUUAAUACUGUACAAACAUGUUUUUGUAAUGUAAGAAUUUAUCAAGAAGAAGUAAUAUUUCAACAAUAGGAUUUUCUGCAUUUAAAUCUAAAGGUAUAAUAGUUUUCAUUAAUUUGAUAAUUAUAAUAAACAAUUUUGGUUUAUGUUUUGCAGAAAUGAUAAUAUAAGGAACAGCUAUUUAGAAUGUAGUGAAAUCUCUAUUUGAUGCUUAUGAUGGAGAAUGGUAUACAUAGAGAGUAUUUCUCAGUUCAAUAUCAGCAUUAAUAAUGAUUCCAAUGAUGAUUAUUAAGAAAAUUGAGAAACUUAAAUUUGCUGGUGUAACAGCAAUUUGUGCAAUGAGUUUAUUUUGCAUAACUUUGAUUACUAGUUUUAUAAGUACAAUGAAAAAUGAUGGUUUGGCUGUUGGAUUUAAUAUAUUACCUUAUGAUUUUACAUUUAUAAAAGCAUUUGGAGCAUUUCCUACUUUAUUAUUAGCAUAUAAUUGGGAAUUCAAUUUAUUUCCUGUUGCAAAAGGUAUGGACAAACCAAAUGAUAAGAAAGUUAUGAAAGCAUGUUCUUUUGGAAUGAUCAUUGCAACUUUUUUCUAUUUAAUGGUAGGUAUAAUGGGUUGUGCUAUUUAUGGUAAAGAUUCAUAAACUAAUUUUUUGGCAAGUGUUACAAAAGAAAAGAUGGGAGAUAUAUAAUUUUAUUUAUUAAAUGGUUCAUUUUAUAUAUCAACUGUAUUGACAACUCCUUUGGUAUUCUUUGGAGCAAGGAAUAAUUUUUUAUAAUUAAUAAAAGGGGAAAAGAAGAAUAAAGUGAAAGGUGUCAAUUUUGACUCAUUAGAUGAGAAAGAGGUUGCUUUAUUGAAAAAGUAAAAGAAAAAGAGAUAAUAAUCAACUAAAUAUAUGUAUUAUAUUUGGUCUAUUGGAUUAUUUGUAAUAAUAACAAUUGGAUCAAUUUACAUUCACUCCUUAGAAAUUGCAUUUAAUUUUGUUGGAUCUGUAUCAUCUAAUUCUAUUGGAUGUGUAUUACCUAGUCUCUUUUUAUUUAUGUUAAUGAAAGAAUACUAUAAAAAUAAAUAGAUGACAAAGAUGGAAAGUUUAUAAGAGAAUUUAGCAAAGAUAUUCUUUGUAUAUUCUAUAAUAAUGUCAUUUGUAUGUUUGACAAGUGAAAUUCUGACAACAAUUUAUGAAUGA